AUGGGCUCAUUACUAUUGCCACAAGAUUUCCAACACAUUAUUCGUGUUCUCAACACCAACAUCGAUGGUAACCGCAAGGUUCCAUUCGCCUUGACCGCCAUCAAGGGAGUUGGACGUCGUUUCUCGACCUUGUGUUGCCGCAAGGCCGGAAUCAACACCACUAAACGCGCUGGUGAGCUGUCCGAAGAAGAAUUGGAAAAGGUGACCACCGUUUUGUUGAACCCAACCCAAUACAAAAUCCCGAACUGGUUCUUGAACAGACAAAAGGACAUCAAGGAUGGUAAAUACACUCAAGUAAGUUUUUUGAUUUUUGGUUGGUGUUUAGGUAAAAUAAGGUUGGCGUAGGUGGCUCAAGACUUUUAAGGCUGUUUUCAAGCUAUUAUAUAAAGCUUCAUGCUGAAUAGGACGUAUUUUACAUCAAUUUAUAUUAUUCAUGAUAAAACAGAUGUCUGGAGGUUUAUAUUUUAGGGUUUUAGCUAAAAAUCAUCUUUUUGUUUUGUUAUAAAGCAAACGUUUAUAAAGAAGUUAAAGUUAUUUUAAAUACUUUUUGAUUGUAAAAACAAUUAUAACGCAUAGAAUUGUUGUUAAAUUGCUUUUGUCUGUAACCUUCUUCAAUAGAUAGCUAUGAAGUAGACUUUUUGAGAGAUCUUAGACUAUUUAUUAUAUCAGCUAAUGUAAUGACAGUUUUUUGGAAAUUUAGAUCAUUUUUAAAGUUACAGUACUUCUACCGUACACUCGCUUUUUUAGGUUUUUUAAAAAUUUUGGAACUUCCUUUUUUAGAGCAUAAGAAGAUCUUUAUGUUUCAUUUUGAUGCCUUUUGUCAUAAAGAGUUACAUUACUUUUACUUCUUUCCCGAUUCUAUAUUACCUUAUCUUCUUGUAGGUCAUCUCCACCUCCCUCGAAUCCAAACUCCGUGAUGAUUUGGAGCGCAUGAAGAAGAUCCGCCUCCACCGUGGUCUUCGUCACUACUGGGGUCUCCGUGUACGUGGUCAACACACCAAGACUACCGGCCGUAAGGGACGUACUGUCGGUGUGUCCAAGAAGAAGGGAGGAUAA